AUGAUAACACGACAUGAAGAAUUGAGGGAGAAAAUUAGACAGUUAACCUCGCUGUAUGAUAUUACGUCGGCCGAAUGCAUCUACGAGGACCAAGAUCAAGACCCAACAGGAUCGUUGCGGAUUGGGGACAUACGAUUGGCAACCGGGAAGUUAGAAGAUGAUCUCGCCCAAGUACAGGACGACCUCCUCGAAAUCAAUCUGGGGACAGAUGAGUCGCCUAAGCCUAUAAAUAUUAAUGUGGGACUGGACGAGGGAUUCAGAGAGCAACUGGUCGCUCUACUCAUUGAGUUCCGCGACUGUUUUGCCUGGUCGUAUGAUGAAAUGCCGGGCCUUGAUCCUGAUAUCGCCGAGCAUAAGCUCCCAUUAAAGAGUGGGUUUCGGCCAUUUCGGCAACCUCCCCGGCGGAUGUCCAAGGAAGUGGAUACUCUCAUCCAGGAUGAGAUUAAGCGGCUGGAAGAUGCCAAGUUUAUUCGGGAAGCCCAAUACACCGAAUGGCUCUCUAACAUCGUACCAGUGAUGAAGAAAAACGGGAAGCUACGAGUAUGCGUUGAUUUUCGGAACCUCAACCUGGCCACACCCAAGGACGAAUACCCGAUGCCGGUGGCUGAUAUGCUGAUCGACAGGGCAGCUGGACACACGAUACUCAGUUUCCUCGAUGCGCACUCUGGGUACAACCAAGUUCCAAUCAGCAAGGAAGACAUCUCCAAAACGGCUUUUAGAUGCCCCGGGCCGAUCGGAGCGUACGAAUGGGUCGUGAUGCCCUUUGGCUUGAAAAACGCGGGGGUAACAUAUCAGAGGGCGAUGAACAAGAUGUUCAGAGGCCUUGACUGCCUUGAGGUCUACAUUGACGAUGUCGUAAUCAAGUCAAAUACCGGCGAAAUUCAUCUGGCCGACCUCCGGAAAGGUUUCGAGCGUAUACGACGCAAUGGGUUAAAGAUGAAUCCUUUGAAAUGCGCAUUCGGCGUUUCGGCUGGAAACUUCUUGGCGGGCCGACUUCGCAGCUGGAGUGUUUUGCUGAGAGGAAAAGAGACCGAUGAGUGGAUAUGGACGGACGAGCAACAGAGGGUGUUCGACGAUUUGAAAGGUUACUUAGCAAAACCUCCGGUUAUGACCCCUCCAAAGCCGAAUAAGCCGUUGUUGCUAUACCUAUCGGCUGCACACGAAUCCCUAGGAUGUAUGCUCGCCCAAGAGGACGAUGGGGUAGAGAGGGCAACCGAUAUCAUUAAGUAUAUCUUAUCGAAGCCAUACCUGAGGAAUCGGAUUGGAAAAUGGGCGAUUGCUAUGUCCGAAUUUACGUUGGUGUAUGUUCCCCAAAGAGCAGUAAAAGGACAAGUAUUGGCAGAUUUCUUAGCCGAUCACCCGGGUAUUACCCUCAAGGAAGAAGCAGUCACGUUUUGUGACAUCGCCAUAUGGGAGAUGUGGUUCGACGGAUCUAGAACAAGCCAGGGGGCAGGCGCCGGAGUUCACAUCAUCACACCCUUGGGGGCAUCCUACCGGUUGUCAUUCAAACUCCAGUUCGAAUGCACCAACAAUCAGGCAGAAUAUGAGGCCAUGAUAUUCGGUUUCGAGAUUUUAGCCGAGCUGGGGGCAAAGGCGAUCAACGUCAAAGGAGAUUCUUUACUAGUCAUCAAGCAAGUGACAGGAGAAUUCAAAUGCGAGUCCGAGCUAUUAGUGAGAUAUUGCAACAAGGCGAAACACUUGGUUGAAGGCUUUCAGGAUACGAGGAUAGAAUACACAGAGAGGGCCGCUAACAGCGUUGCAAACGACCUAGCUCAGCACGGUAGCGGUUACAAGGUGAACCAUCAGUUCGAUGCUAUAGAGAGGGAAACGCCGAAUCUCCAUACCGGGGGCAUCACGGUCGACGAAAAACAAUUCUCGGUAUACCAGCUGGACUUCACUCAAGAUUGGAGGGUCGAGCUCCUAAAAUGGUUUGAAAAACCAGAUCUCACGGAUAGGAGGUGCAUCGGUCCAAAAGAAGCCAUGCUUGCAAUGGCCGAGGUACACGAAGGAAUAGCAGGUGCUCACCAGGCGGGUCCUAGAAUGAGGUGGUUGAUCCACAAAUACGGUUUUUACUGGCCGAAAAUGGAACAGGACUGCAUAAGAUAUGCCAAAGGUUGUGAAGCGUGUCAAAAGUUCGGCCCAUUACAGCACGCCCCGGCCGAAGACCUGCAUUCUAUUAUCAAGUCGUGGCCAUUCAGAGGAUGGGCAGUCGACCUGAUAGGAAAAAUAUACCCUGGCUCAUCAGACGGUCAUACUUUUGCCCAGGCCAACGGACAAGCCGAAGCCACGAACAAAGCUAUCAAGCUCAUAGUUCAAAAGAUGAUUGAAGAAAACCCAAGACAAUGGCAUGUGUUUUUAUCAGAAGUUGUGUGGGCGAAUAGAACCAGUCAGAAGUCGGCUACUGGGACUUCGCCUUUCAGACUGGUUUAUGGCUACGAUGUGAUGUUGCCAAUGGAGCUGACCGUCACGUCUACUCGCCGCAGAUACCAGAGCGAAUUGUCCAAAGGAGAUUACUUUGACAAAAUGGUGAUAGAUUCUCUUGACCUUGACGAAGAACGUUUGACGGCGUUAGAUCACUUAGAAGCUCAGAAAAGAAGGGUCGAGAGAGCUUACAACAAACGGGUAAAACGGAAAGUUUUUACGGUGGGCGAUAUGGUAUGGAAAGCAGUCUUGCCGAUCGGCCAUAAGGACACUCGGCUUGGUAAAUGGAGCCCGAACUGGGAAGGCCCCUUUAUGGUGGUCAACAAGCUAACAGGCGGAGCAUACUUGUUGGCAGAUAUUGAUAGGGAAGAACACGACAGGGCGAUCAACGGUCAGUUCCUGAAAAAGUACGUUCCUAGCUGUUGGGAGGGCGUAGACCGUAGGUUAUUUGGAGCCGACGAAGAGUAG